UUUCCCUUUUUUUUUUUACUCUCUCUUUUAACUUUCUUUAAAUAAUAAUAUUUCAUGGAGACAACUUCCUUCAUUUAUACUAGUCAACCGGAAUGGGGAGAAUUUUCUUCACAAGUCAUAUCUCUUUUUGCUAUUACUCUUACUUGUAGUUUAUUUGGUGUCAAAACAUUUCAAAUUAAAUAUAGACAGUUAACCUAUGCUCGUUGGUUAGUAGUAGCUCUUUAUAUCUGUUCUUGGGCUUUUACUACUACUGCUACUAUAUUGGUUUCAACUGCAAAUGGUAAUUACACGUCUUGUUUUCUCUCUAUUAUGACAUGCGAUCUCUUUUAUUGUGGUACUAAAUUGAUUAUCUAUCUAUGGUUGAUCGAACGUGCUUAUAUUGUGAGUGAUGGACGAAAUGCUCGAUUUGAUACUUGGUCUUAUCGUUUUAAUCUUUUUCUUAUGACUCCCUAUAUUGGUAUCUUUGUAUUGAUGUUGGUUUAUCAUAAUUCUAUUAUGACUUCUACUGGUCAAUGCUAUAUCGGAUUACAACCUAUUGCAAACAUUCCUGUCUUGGUGUAUGACACCAUCUUCAACUUAUACAUGACUAUUCUAUUCGUGAUUCCUUUGAUCCGAGUUGGUCGUGGUGUUAAUUCCUUUGAAUGGAAAUCAUCAAGAUUAUUUGAAAUCACCAAACGUAGUUUAAUUGCUUCUACAGUAUGUCUUGUUGCCUCUUUUGCCAAUGCUCUCAGUGCUACGAUCAUGUAUGGACGUCAAAGAUCAUGGCUUUGUUUGAUGUGCUGCACAAUCGAUGUGACAAUCAAUGUACUUACUAUUCACUGGGUAACGACUCCAACCAAAACACAUCGUCAACAUAGUAUUAGUGGUCCUAUAUCAUUUACUUCAGCUGAUCUAACAACCACCGGUGGUGAAUCUUCAAAUAUGGCAAAUGAUUCUAAACGUGUAUCCGUACCAUCAUCAUCACCAACUCUAUCUGCUUUCCGUCAUCAAGAACAACAGGAACAAGAACAACAAGAUCAUUCCUCUCCCUACUCUUUCUCUCAUGGCAAUCGCUCUUCCAUAUCCUUACAAGAUUCCCAAUGUAGUACAAAAUCUUUGACAAAGUCACCUAUCAUUUAGUUUGUUUUUGAUUACUUUUUAUUACAUUUUACCUUUAUUUUUGAUUUCAUUCUAAUGUAUGUUUUAUUAUUAUUGUCUAUAUGAUACCCCCCCAUUCCUAUUUUUAUUUGUUUUUCAUCCAUAUUGAUUACAUGUACACUUUUUUUUUUUUUUUGC